CAGGAGCGGAAUUGCAUGCAUUUCUUGCUUUCUCAAUUUCUAAAACCAUCUAUUUGUUUUUUUUUUUUCUUCUUCUUAAAUAUACAUGAAAAAGCUCUUUGGGAGAUUGCAUCACUAACUAGUAGCUUAAACAUUUAUAUGUAAUUCAUUCGCCAUUUACCUUCCAAAUCAUCUAUCUAUCUAUCUAUCUAUCAAUGGGAAGGCCACCUUGCUGCGAUAAAUCAAAUGUGAAGAGAGGUCUCUGGACACCUCAAGAGGAUGCCAAAAUACUUGCAUACGUAGCCAAGUAUGGAAUUGGAAAUUGGACUUUGGUUCCUAAGAAAGCAGGACUCAACAGAUGUGGGAAGAGUUGCAGGCUCAGGUGGACUAAUUAUCUCAGGCCUGACCUCAAACAUGACAGCUUCACUCCUCAAGAAGAAGAGCUCAUUAUUAACCUUCAUCAAGCUAUAGGAAGCAGGUGGUCUUUGAUUGCGAAGCGACUACCAGGAAGGACAGACAAUGAUGUCAAAAACUACUGGAACACGAAAUUGAGGAAGAAGCUUUCCAAGAUGGGAAUUGACCCUGUAACUCAUAAGCCUUAUUCUCAGAUCUUUUCUGACUUGAACCACACGUUUGGACCCGAAUCCCCAACUUCUGGCAUUACAGGACUCCCAUAUACCAAUAUGAUCUUGAGUCCCACUAUAGAGCAAGUUCAAGAUAACUCAUUUUCUAUGAAUCCUUCCUCAUUGGACUUCUUGGGUCAGUUUCAAGUAACGGAUCAGGACACUCUCCAAACAUACUUUUCCAAUGAAGUAACUUCCUCUUGUUCAUCAUCAUCUUCAUCUCAUGUAACCGAAUUGACUUCUCCACAAUCUUAUUCCUGCCAACAAUCUCAGACUCAAAUAUUUACUCCUUCUUCUUCCCUUAAUAAUUGGAGCGAGUUAUUUCUUGUGCAUGAGCCUUUCCAAUCGACAGAACCACGGCAGGAACACAAAAACCACCCCACAGUUCUAUUGCAGAGUGAAGCUGCGCAGCAGUGCAAGUUUGCUAAUGGAAAUGAAUAUAAACAUGGUUCCCAAGCUUGUGAUUUUGGAUACACCACUGGAGAGCAAAGGAAUAAUGGGACUGAAGCUUCUUCAUCUUCAGUGAAUUCAUUUGUGGAUACCAUCUUGGAUCAGGACCGUGAGAUAAGGGCAGCAUUCCCUGAUUUGUUUGACGGAUCUUUUGAUUACUGACUACUUCGUAUGACAAGAUUAAAAACUUAUUAGGAUUAUGCAGAACAAUAGCUUUCUCUAUGUCAGAAUAGGUGGUUUAGUUCUUAGCUAGAGAGAAAAGGAAAAAAAAAAUGAGGACCAUAAUAAUUAGCCAAAGUAUGAAGUUGCACAUUAAAUCCGAACAUUCAAUGGGCAGCUAUGUUUCUGACAUCAAGCUAAUGAACAAUCUUCUGUUCAAUCAAUGAUCCACAGGCAUGGUUUUCUAAAAUUGUCAAUUGAAUUAUGCUACAUAUAUUAAGGAAUGGAUGACAUUGGGUAAGGCCUAAAAUGUAGGACUGUUAAUAUCCAAAAAUCAUGGUAUCUUGUAGCACCUAAUAAUAGCAGCUUCAUCAUAAAAAAUGAGUCAAGUGAUCUAACGGCUAGAAAGGAAGAACAAACCAAUAUUGUAAAAUGAUGAAUUACCCAUUCAAAUUCCAAUCAGAAUAACCUUCUAAUCAACUAAAACAUAAGUUGGAAUCCAAAUCCAGUUAUUGGAUCAAACUAAUUGUGUAUGGAUGUUCAAUACCCGCAUGCAAGAAUUGAAAAAACUCUUCCUCUCCUCCAACGGACUCAGGAAACCGAAUGAUUGAAGACCUAUUACAGUUCGAAAAAUGAACAACUUCUGAACAAAAAGCAGUUAAGUUACCAAAAGAUUUGAAACAAAGACAGAGAGACAAAAGAGGCAUUGGCAGAAAACAUUGAUCAAU